GCGCCAGCAGUAGCUCGAGACACUGCAAGCGCUGGAUUACUCGACCUACCCCGCGUGACAUGAUCGCACAAGCGUUCUUGGUGUACCUAUCGGCAGCAGCCGCUUCGGCUGGCGUCAUAGGUGGCUAUGGAGGUCUCGGCUUGUUCGGAGGCCUUGGAAGCUAUGGCUACGGAUACGGUGCGGCUUACGUAGCUCCAGUGGUAGCCAAAGCUCCCGUCGUUGCCGCCUCCCCUGUUGUAGCCACUGCUCCUGUAGCGGCUAAGGUGGCUACUGUCGACAUCGUUGCUCCUCAAUCGACCAAGUUCGGCUACCUGACAACUGAUGGACGAGGCAACACGCAGGCGCGCAACGAAGUCUCCGACGCGUACAACCGCCGCGUGGGAUCGUACAGCUACCGGGACGCGCACGGCCUCACGCGAAAGGUCACCUACGUGGCUGACGCGCACGGCUUCCGCGCCGUGGUGAGCACAAACGAGCCCGGCACUGCAGCAUCCAAGCCAGCUGGCGCCGCCUACAGGGCACCGGCCAAGGGGCCAGCCGUGGUCGCCACGUCGGCGGUCGCCGCAGUGCCGGCGGCGCCCGCGGUCGCUAAGGUAGCCACCGUUGCUGCCGCACCAGUCGUCGCGGCUGCUCCUGCCGUUGCAGACGGAGGCUUCGGCCAUCUUGGCGGCUUUGGCCAUCUUGGCGUCUUUGGCCCCCUCGGAGGCUACGGAUUUGGCCACCUCGGUCACUUCGGAGGCUACGGUCACAUUGGCGGCCUCGGUCACAUCGGCUACGGGUUUCACUAGGAUUACCAACUAGAACUCUACGUUAUCGGAUACCUUCGCAGCAUCGAACUUGGGCCUCUUCGCCCUUUUGAGCCCCUUGCGGAACCUUUUUACUUCUAUGGGAACAAUCGAGAAAUGACAUGAGGUAGGAUUCGAUGGUGCGGCGGCACUCAAUAGCAACUGGUAUGGAACACCACUACGACAUAUAGACACCACCCAAACCUCCGACACAGGAGGUGAGCGAUACUGAAUGCGAUUACUUUUAGUAGGUAUUAUGAGCGCCUUGGCCCGUAUGUGUUGGCAUUAUCCCCACCAAGCUUUUUAAAAAGUUAGCUUUUGCUUGUUUUAUUUAGUUGAAAAUGAGACAACUUGUUUGUUCAUGGAAUUAUCAGUGCCCACCUGAUAAUCACCACGAACUUUGACUGCUCUAAUCAAUACGGGAAGUCUUUGUUAGCACAGAACAAUACCGACUCAGCCUCUUUAACGAGGAACAACUUGGUGAUUUCAAAUUAAAGUAAAAACAUCAUUUCUAUUUGUCGCCCUGAAUACAAUAUAUAGUAUAUUAUAAAAGUAAACAGGGCACAUAUGCAACUUUUAACGUCUGAUGCAGCGCUUCAGAAAUAAGACGAUUUCAAUGAAAAAACUUUCUGUCACGUGAGAAGAAGCUUUUAUAUGAUUCUUCUGCUAUCUAUCCAAAUACGUGGUGAUUGCUUCAGACAUUGUAACUCUCAUGUGGCUUAUAAAAUAUUUAUACCUAGUAAGAGCGUGCUUUUCAUUUGAAAAGUAUGCCUAUUUCUGCUUACCCCUAGUCUAACAUAUCUUUUGGCUGUAGAACACAUCAUUCAUAAACUUAAACAACAUAUUAGCAGGAUCGCAGAACCUCCAUUCAAUAACAAGCACUUACACUUCAUUGUACAUUAUUUAUAGCUCUGUCGCAAAAACUUCAGAAGCUGACGAUACACUGACGCGCUACUAACACUGAACAGCAACACGCUUAGUACAUUUUGCUUAACUUCAAUGCCCUAAAUCACUGUAAACCACUGUCCCAUGUUGCCUUGUCUGGCGCAGAGACCCUCAAAAAAGCAUCAACGAGAACAGCACCUUAUAAAGCUAAAACAGCGGUUUGCUUAACCUUUGUGCAAGGUCUGAAGCUGCCUUGUGUUUCUUGAUAAUCGAUUUACCUAUCACCUUUUUCAUGAAGUUUAUUAACACAAUUCAUUGUUACAAAUCCAACUUUUCAUUCAUCUCAUUAUCUGCACGUGACCUGGGUGCAGCUUCAUCUCAUUACCUGAACUAGUCUUCACACUUUCUUCGCUACAGCCUAGAGCCCAGAUAUUUCACAAAAAUUGUUUGGGCCAUGUUUUUCUAGUUUAUUUGAUGGCUAUUCUUAUGUGGUUCUGCGCAAACGUGCUGUACUCGAGGACACAUAAGUACAAAUACUUCGCCAGUUCUUCAAUGAAGUCUUCAUUCUCACAAACUUCUGCUGUUAGGACGUUUAUCUUCGUUCCUUCAAGAGGGAGGUGCAAGAAAAGGAAUGAAUAAAUAUUUGACGAAAAGAA